AUGGCAAUGCCCCAUGAUUUCAAUCCACAAGCUCAACAAUUUCAUCUUGGAUUAGUUCAUCACUUAAAGUUAGUGCAACUCUUGUAUCCUACCGUAAUCCUUGGCAGAUCCUUUAUGGCCUUAUUCCACUAUUUCCCCAAUUUCAGUGCCGCCAUGCCAUCACGAACAGGCCCAGCUACAGCCACCACUAAUGUCUGCCCACCACCUGUUGCUACCCGAGCUUCUGAGCCCCCAAAAUGGGCUCCAGGCACUCCUCCAGCUUCAGACACAUCCUCAAGCGAAUCUCCCGAACCACCGCCUUCAUCUCCCACGAAAAGAAAGGAAAGCCGCCCAGUACGGCCUCCUCAUCACAACAGAGAGGAUCCGUGCGAUGAGCCACCCUGCAAGAAAGUUUGGCAACCAUGGCAGUGA